GGCUUGCAGGCAGCUCAGUGUCUCCACCCAUCCUCACAUUUAUAUAGUGUUUUGUCAGUAAGAGCUCACUGUCUUCAUGAUGAUCAUCAUCUCUCUGCUCCUGCUGGCCUCUCUGCUGCCACACCUGACCUUCACCGCUCGUGUGAAUGUGGGUAUAGUGAAUGGCAAAGAAGCAAAACCCCACUCCAGACCUUACAUGGUUUCUCUUCAGAAUCGUUUUAAACAUACCUGUGGUGGAUUCCUCAUCUCUGAUGAGUUUGUCAUGACUGCUGCUCAUUGCUGGAAAGGAUAUCCAGAGAUUCUGACGGUUGUGGUUGGUGCUCAUGACUUCAGGAAGAGUGAGGAUUCAUACCGUGUCGAAGUGAAGUCUUACAUCUCACAUCCACACUAUACAUUCUGUUCGCGUCAGAAUGACAUCAUGCUUUUGAGGCUACAGGAAAAGGUCAAACCAAAUAACUAUGUUAACUGGAUAUCAUUACCGAAGGAAGGAGAUGUUAGUGGAGGCACUCUCUGUAGUGUUGCAGGCUGGGGAAGAAAGGAGAUUAAUGACAUAUUGAGCAAUCGGCUACUGGAGGCAAACACGACUACAGAAAACCACGAAGAGUGUCAACGUAAAUGGGAAUCCAAGUUUUUGGCCUCGCAGAUGAUCUGUGCACAUGGUCGUGGAGGAUCCUGCAGAGGAGAUUCAGGAGGUCCUUUGGUUUGUGGAAACACUGCAGUUGGUGUGACAUGUUUUGGGUCCAGAAUAAAAUGCAAUUCAGCUGUGCAUCCUAAUGUCUAUACUAAGAUUUCAGCAUAUCUUCCAUGGAUUCACCAAAUUAUUAGAAAUAUUAAGUGAAUUAAUAAAAAAAUUAAAGGAAGAUUUUAUUUUUUUUUAAUUAUUGUGAAAAUCUCUCAAUAAAAAUGUCAAAUGGCAAUCAAUCAGUUGAAG